GCGACCUGCACGAGUUCUCAGAAUACGUGGUAAGGUGCCAUUAGACUAACGUUGGCCCGGAAGAAGCAAUCAUUUCUUUGUUUACUUGCAGAAGGGUUAGUCAUGGCUUUUGGUAGCUGUUCUAUGAUCAGGAUUCAGGAGGGGACUACUAGCGCAGCAGUAUCUAACCACUUCUCAUCACUCAUCAAUUACGUAUUCAUCACUAAAUUUUUUCAUUAUUCAUCCCCCCAAGAUGGAUCUGUCAUUUGUUUAUCUAGUAAGGAGAAGAAGAGAAACACAAAUGGCGAGCAA